AUGCGAGCGUUGGAGGUGUUGCGCUCCCUGCGGCCUGGCAGCGACCCGAGCCAUGCCGCCAGCCGCUUCCUCCAGGGCCUGGAUGCGAUGCAGGCAAAGUCAACUGAGACUAGCCUUUGGGUGGGCGCCUUCCGCUUCUGCGACGUCUGCGCUUUGACGCAGCGCCUCGCGCGCCACCGCCCGGCAGCGCAGCCGGAGGUCUUUCGGGAGGCGGAGUUUGCGACGGGAGACAUGGCCGUCGUCGUCAUGCCUUGA